UAGAACACAUGCACCAGCGCACUGACAGUCUGACCAGUGCCGUCCAGCCGCCUGAAGCACAGCGCCCGCUGUUUGCAUGUGUUCACCCCCCCUUGGACUUGGUGGGAGGGGGGAGAAGUUUACCCAAACACCAGCCUGGAUCACUGAGAGAGACGAUGCCUUUUUCCUCCACACCGGUCUCACGAUUCUUCAGUGGAUUUGCUGAUUCCCACAAUUAACCUUGCAAGUUAUUCAUCGGGAGUGGGGCGAGAUUUCGAGCCAGAGGAUGCUCCCACAGGUCAUUCGGAUACUGUAUGUCUUGUCUUUCUGCUUUUUCCAAGGAGUCUUUAUCAGACUGAGCUCCUGUAAGGAGGAGAUAAAGCACCCCAGCAGACAAGAGCUUUCACCUUCUGACUUCCUGGACAAACUCAUGGGGAAAACAUCAGGAUAUGAUGCACGGAUCAGACCCAACUUCAAAGGUCCGCCUGUGAAUGUCACCUGUAAUAUUUUUAUCAACAGCUUUGGUUCAAUCACAGAAACAACCAUGGACUACAGGCUCAAUGUAUUUCUACGGCAAAAAUGGAAUGACCCUCGUCUGGCAUACAGUGAAUACCCCGAUGACUCCCUUGAUCUGGAUCCAUCCAUGUUGGACUCUAUCUGGAAACCUGAUUUAUUCUUCGCAAACGAGAAAGGAGCCAAUUUCCAUGAGGUCACUACUGAUAACAAGCUGCUACGGAUUUUCCAAGAUGGCAGCGUUCUUUACAGUAUCAGGCUGACUCUUACCCUGUCUUGCCCUAUGGACUUGAAGAAUUUCCCAAUGGACAUUCAGACCUGUACCAUGCAGCUUGAAAGCUUUGGUUACACGAUGAAUGACUUAAUCUUUGAGUGGCUGUCUGACAACCCCGUUCAGGUGGCCGAUGAUCUCACCCUCCCUCAGUUUGUUCUAAAAGAAGAGAAGGAUUUGGGCUACUGCACUAAGCACUACAACACAGGUCAGUUCACCUGCAUUGAGGUGAAGUUCCACCUGGAACGUCAGAUGGGUUACUACUUAAUCCAGAUGUACAUCCCUUCCCUUCUCAUCGUUAUCCUCUCAUGGGUCUCUUUCUGGAUAAACAUGGAUGCUGCACCAGCCAGAGUUGGUCUGGGCAUCACCACAGUACUUACAAUGACCACACAGAGCUCCGGUUCAAGAGCCUCUUUGCCCAAGGUGUCUUAUGUGAAGGCCAUUGACAUCUGGAUGGCAGUGUGCCUUUUGUUUGUGUUUGCUGCCCUUCUGGAGUAUGCAGCAGUUAACUUCGUCUCAAGGCAACACAAGGAGUUCAUCAGGCUGAGGAAAAAGCAGCGGCAGCAGAGAAUAGCAUCUGCUAGUCAGCCUGGGAGCGUUGAGUCGUUGCGAAAAGUCAAUGACAUCCCUGGUAACAACUCAACCUACAGGAGUCUCAAUCAGCACUGCAGCGCUUGUGCCAGGGAGGAGGAACUGGUGAGGGAGAGCCGCGGUUUUUACUUCCGGGGUUAUGGCCUGGGUCACUGCCUGCAGACCAAGGAUGGCACUGCUGUGGAAGGAGCCAGCGUGUUCACCCCACCACCACCUCCAAUUACCAUGUUUGAUGGAGAAGUGCUUCACAAGCGUUUCGUGGACCGAGCCAAACGAAUUGACACCAUAUCCAGAGCCGUUUUCCCCCUGAGCUUUCUCAUAUUUAACAUCUUCUACUGGGUCACCUAUAAAGUGCUGCGACAUGAAGACAUCCAUGCAAAUUUGUAAAACACUCUGCCGGUCUGGGAUGUUGUGUGUUUUUGUUUGUUUGUUUGUUUGUUUGUUUGUUUGUUUUCUCGAAACCAAAACUGCCUGUCAAUCUACAUUACAAUGAGGAACCGUGUCAAAAGGCACAUCUGCUUCUCAGAACCACUGCUAAAAAUAAAAAUGUUGUGCUCAGGUGCGUCUUCAGGAUCUUGGACAUAGAGCAGUCAAGAGAAACUAGAUUAUGCUGCGUGGAUUCUGGCUGUUGUGUGCAUUUCUGUCUUGGAUUGAUUUGCCUGGAUUACAGCAGAGACGAGACACUAACGGUACUUUUGGGUUCAUGACCUUUGCUUCAAAAGAUGGAUAAAUGAUUUCAGCGAAGUUGGUCCUGGCUGAACGAGACAUUCUGACUUGAAUUUUGACACUACCCAGCUUUGAAUGAAUGUUUUUGAAAAUAUUUUUUUUUAAACAACUUUAACAAAUGGGUGCAAAC